AGUGACAGCUGCGAGCUGCAGACUUGUUUUUAUCCUCCUGGAGACGAAAUGUGAAGGUUUCAAAGCGAAAGUCUAGAAGAAAAAAUACGAAAAGGAAAAACGAAAAAGGUUCAGCGUCCGGAAGAAGAUUUUUCUGCACUUCCGGACAAAAAAGGAGGAAAAGUGAUCGGCGGAAGUCGUAAACAGCAGAAAUAAUAAAAUGUAAACGCUGCUGUCCAGAGGAUAAACAUAGAGUCCGAGGCCCACGGCAGGCCCACCAGAGCCUGCACCCCGGCCCACUCGCAGCUUUGCAGCUGUGCAAGAGCUGCGCAGGACGAGGAACGUUUAAAAUCCUUCAGAGGCUGAACCAGCAUCAGUCUGCUCUCAGCCUGCGUCUCUGCAGGAUGUGAGAGAAGCGCAGCAGAGAACAAAGAGCAACUUUAAAGAUCCUCGGACGCCACUCUGCAGACAAACAUGGCUCUGUUCUUCUCCGGCGCCGUCACAAGUUCUCCAGUCAAGCGAAGGUUGAGGAACAGUCACUGUCAGAGCCUCGACGUGUCUCUGCUCUCUCCCGACUCCUCCUACAUCUGCUACACGUCAGCGCACGGCAGCGAGCCCUGCUGCUGCCGCCGCUCGCCACGCCUCCUCACCAACGGAUACUAUGACGUGACUGAGGACAGCUUCUCCUGGGACGACGAGGGCAACGUGUCACUGACGCCCUGCAAAACCAGCGUCUCCUACAAGGAGAACCUGCACAGGGUUUUCCGGCGCAGGCGGCGACCUCGCAGCUCGCUGGUUCGCCUGCUGAGCGAUGUCACGGAGAGCUGCCAGUCGUGGCUUGAUGAGAAAGUCUUCAGAGGUGUUUUCAGGACAGGGAACAACUGGAACCAGAAGCAGGAAGUUGACCAGGACCAUGACCUGGACUGGUCCAGGAGCAGCCCUGAUGGUCCGGCCUGUCUGGACGAGUCCUGGUCGCCGCUCAACAGCACUGAGCUGGAGGAGAGCCGCGCCUUCACGUACGACUCCACUGAGGUCCCAACUCCUCCCGACAAAGAAGCCCCGCCUCCAAAUCUCCUGAUCCACGAGGAGAUUUGCUCUGAGAUCUGUCAGUCAAAGGAGCGUUUCACCCAGUCACUGGGCAGCCUCUCCGAAGUCCCGCCUCCUUCACCUUUCUACACCAACACCUGCUGCUGUCAGGCGUCACCUGAGCCCACAGGGUUCACGAUGAAGGCCCUCCUCCUUCUCGUCUUCACCGUCUUCAUCUUCACAGCUCUGUACUCGGGGUGUCUGUGGUGGAGCGCGACUGUCACGUCGACCGUCUUCAUGAUGAUCACAACAUGUAUGCUCCUGACAAAGUCGGGCCCGCUGGGCGAGUGGAGGAGGGCGAAGACAGAGGACAUCACAUCGAGAAACGAGUGAGGAAACGCGUCAGGAGAACCUGAAGGAGGAGAAGACGAAAAGGUCGGACGGGACUCAGCAGAAACGUUAGAUUCUGACUAUUAUUUCACUUUAUGUUUGCAUGUGAGGUGCACAAAAUAAUCUGAGCUCCAGAAAACAUUUUAGAGCAAACAUUUCUCCUUUUAAAGCAAAAAUCACUCCUUAAAAGAGGUUUUUGUAUUCACAACAUUUUUAAAAAUGUCAUCUUUACGUUGAAAUGUACACGCAGAGCAGGAGGCUGCUUCGUGCUUUUAGUCAGAUUUAAGCCAUGAAAUGUCUUCUAGCUGAAAAAAGUUGUUAUUAAAGUGUUGGAGCUCAGUGGCACAUGUUAGUAGUUUAGCAGCUUAGAAAGCUAAAAACAUUCAUAUCAACUCAAAAUGUAGCCGAUGUAUUUUAGGAGUGUCUUCUUUCUUUGGUUUGUAGUUGAUCUUGGCUUUUUUGAGCGUUCCAAAGUGACCAAACGUCAGACGUUUAAUGUCUGCAAAACAAUUUCAGGGUUAAAGGGCAAAAAAUAAAUAAAAAUAAGAGCUGUGACUUUUUAUAAAAACCAAAUGCACAAAAAUCACCUGGAGGCUAUAAAAGUGCCAUUCCCCCCCCCCCCCCCCCCCCACAGAAUAAACAGAACGAAGAGUUUUACUACAAAAUAAAAUAUCCACAAACAUAGUGAGUAUUUUCACAUUAAAGUUCAGCUCAGAUUUUAUUGUGAAAGCUAGAUUCCAGAAUUCCUGGUAAUUUUACUGGUACAAAAUAGUUUAAGACUUUCUUACAUCUAUAAAAUCAUCGCCAGGUUUAAUUUGCUGACAUCACUUGAUGACAGGUCAGUGGGCGGGGCCAUAGUGUCCAGUAAAUCAUCCUGAUUGAUCACAGUCAGAUAAAUGAGAGUUUAUGAAACCAGAAGAGGCCGUUAAAGCUAACAGACCUCCAGAAGGUCCUCUCAAUUCUCCACCGGACUCCCAAACAGCUAACAAUCAUCUACUUUAAGAAUCUUCUCAGGACUGUUUAGAGCAGGGGUGUCCAACUCUAGGCCUCAAGGCCCGGUGUCCUGCAGGUUUUAGAUCUCACCCUGGGUCAACACACCUGAAUCAAAUGAUUAGUUCAUUAGCAGGCCUCUGGAGAACUUCAAGACAUGUUGAGAAGGUCAUUUAGCCAUUUAAAUCAGCUGUGUUGGAUCAAGGACGCAUCUAAAACCUGCAGGACUCCGGCCCAUGAUGCCUGGAGUUCCCCACCCCGGGUUUAGAACAUCUUUAGCUGGAUGAAGAAUGUCGAGAACAAUAUUGAGGCUUCCGGGCUUUUUGUAAACCGAUAAGGUCCUUGGAUGCCUGCUCAAACCUCCACAAGAACUCCUGAAUCCUCCUGAAGCACUUUGAAUCUGCUGCCUUCCAAACCUUCCUUGGACAAGAACCACCUCAUAGCAUAGAGGCUCAUUUCCAGGAUCUGGCCCAAAUUCGGGUACUGGAUCAGGAAGUACUACUCAUUAUCUGGUAUGGAUCUGGCCCACAGCUGACUUACAUCAUUAAAACGCAUCCGUACCGGUAUUGGGCUGUUGUGCUAAGACGCCAGCCCAGGUCCGUUGCACGGAUCCGGUCUAGAACUUAAGAUGGAUCUAGCCUGAAUCCGGGCCAAAUAUAUUUUAUCUGGGUUAUUUCCCAGGUUUAAAGAAAAUACGUAACAGUAGUGUCCAUUAUGCAUUUGCUGAUCUCUUGGCCACUAGAAACCAUGUGAGGUUAUUACAGAAGGAAAAUUCUCACAAUUCAUUUGCAGUGAAUGCUUGAAAAUUGUGUAUAUUUAAUGUUAAAGAGCUAUUUUCAGGUAGAGUUAUUCUCUGCAGCAUUUUGUGGUAAAACUCUUCAGCUGUUAGGUGCCUUCAAUCAGCCAGCAGUGCUCACAUGCUGAUAAUAAUAAUAAUAAUAAUAAAGGGAACCCUGAGAUGCUGUUGAAACGCACUGACAGAUCUGUUGAUCAGAGACAGAAAGGUGAGAAAAGCAGAUAAAGUUCAAACAUUCUGCCUUUGAGUGGUUUCUUUCACUCCGUUUGUUUUUGUCUGAUUCUUGGGAGACUUUAAUGUGGUACAGUGGCACAAACGUAAUCCGUACAGGUCGAAGGUUCAAAUAUGUUAUUUAUGAUCUGGUUACACAAACACAUAUAAAGCUCUUAUUUUUAAAAGCAAAUUUGCCUUUAUAAGGAGCAAUAAUUCCAGAAAAUGGAAGAAACUCAACAAUAAGCUGGGAGAACGUUUGUGGAUUUGGGAGAGAACUCUUAAAGUCACAAUACUCGCUGUAGAAGCUUUGUAAGAAAACCAAGUACUGUAGCGCUUUACGAGAUGUUUUGUCUUAUAAAGUUUUUAAAAGUUGAAUCAUGUUUGGGCCUCAAACUACGCCAAGAGUGAAGAAGGAGAUGAUCUCUGCUUUGGCUCCUCCGGCAGUACAGAUCAGCUCCUCUGGUGUGAAGCUGAAAUAUUUGUGUGAUAAAGUUUGUGGAAACUGACCAGCGGAGCAGAGAAAUGUUUAACUCUUCAUGUUCAGAUCAUUUGAAGCCUUUAGGAUAAAAAAAGAAAACAAAAAACCUCAUUAUGCUGGGUUAGGUCACAUGGGAGCUGCAUUAAUUAACAGAAAUGUGAUUCUAACGUGUACGUGAACAUCUGGGUUUUAGUUAUAACUGGAAAACUGAGACCUAAUCCUGAAAACUAUCGAGAUCAGACUAUUAUCUAGUCUGUUGGUUAAAUUAGUUAAACACCAAUUUAAGGUGUAGAUCCACACCUAGAAUGCUAUAAUAAGACUCCAGCUGUGAAUUUUUCACUGAUGCUAGCAAACCAUAAAGACUGGAAUCUUUUCCACUGACAACGUUCCUCUCAUGUGACGUGAACUCGGCAUCGCAUCUGUAGCAUGAAGGGUUAAAACGGUCACACCAGAUGAGAGGCACAGAAACCCCAACUAAAACAGCCCCCAAAAAACACGUUAUUUUACUUUUGUCUAAAAUCUGGUUAAAAUCUGGAUAAAGAGUAAAAGCAAAGUUAGCAUCAAAUUUUUAGUUAGCAUCUUUUCAUGUUUCACUUUUCAACAAAAUCUCAAGGUUUUUUAGAUGCAUGAAAUAACGUUUACAACAGUUAUUUUCGACUUGGUGGGAUGUUAACAGCAUAACUGCGGUGAAUCCUAAAAGACGCUUAGCUAACAGCUAAUAUUCUUGUCAGCCAGGAAAUGCUAAAGCUAACGGCACUCUUUUACAAUUUAUAUUAUAUAAUUGAUAAAGGUAAAUAAAACUAUAACUAGAUACAGACAAACUAGCUAGUUCCGAGAAAAGUUGUAAUGUUUAUAAAGUUAAUAAGCUAUGGUAGAGUCCUCCAUUUUAGCUAAUCACGCACUUAACGUUCAUCGCUAAUUACUACCAGCACAAUUAAGGGAGCCAGUUUUAAAGUUUCAAGGUGUUCAGCUCUGGUGUGACUGAAUCUUUGUGGUUAACUCUCUCCCUGUCUUCAUAAAUCAGGAAUUAUUGUUAAUUAAUCCAAGUGCCAAAUUUGUUUAAAGAUAACAUUACAGGUGAUGUAUUACCACAUGUACUUUAUCAAUGAACAGCAAUCAAUAUGUUGUACUGAUAUUUUUAAUACUGCUCUGCUCAACUUUGAAUUUAAAGCUGCGCUUAAUACUUUUUGUAUAAAAACAGAUCAUGGAUCAAAUGAUCAAUGAAAUCUUUGUAAUGUUAAAGGUUUUGCUUUUAAUGUUGUAAAUUCCAGCUGUGUGAAGUUUAUUUUAGCUUCGUCUAAAUCCUAGUUUUAGCUUUAUGGUCAAAAAUUAAUAUUUUCCAGGUGGUGGAGGAGACCAAAACAGAGCUAAAAACGCAACUCCAGGGAUUGUUUCUCUGGGUCUGUCCCCUGUUGGCCAAAUAUCAGUCAGUGCAGCUUUAAAUAAACAAAGUUCAAAGUGGAUCAAGUUUUUAAUAGUGUUCUUCUAAAUAUAAAAUUUAGAGUAAAAGAUAGAAAAAUCCUGAGGAGGAAAAUAAUUUAAAUAGAUUUAAAGACAAAUUUUACAUUCUGUGUGGAGCAGCUACUAAAUAUGGAGUUACUGUUAAUGUAAAUAGUUUUGUAAUUUCUAUAGACUGCACUUAUUUUCAAAUGUGGAAUUCUUGCCUGUAACAGCACUUAUUGUAUCUUUUUUUUAAUCGUAUUUUAUCGUACUUUGAGUCUCUGGCAGUUAAACUGUAAAAUUUCACCUUAAACAAGACGCAAAUUCAAAUUUAAUUUGAACUUCAAGCAAAGGAACAAAUUCUGAAUGUAUACAUGUGAAUCAGUUUGAAAUCAGCCUCCGAAAUGACUGUUUAAAGGAUGAAGUAAUCCUUAUCUCUUACAGUGUGGAUCGCUGUGUUUCAGUCUGCAAAUCAGCCUUUUGGCCUGUUGAUGGCGCUGUGCUUUGAGAAUGAACUUUUACAGUAUUUGGGAUUUUGUCAGCUAUAUUUAGUCUCGGCUAAAGUGAAUGUUUAUGACCCAUUAAACUAUAUUAUAAAGACAAA